AUGCCCGAGAGGAAGCCUUAUCAACUCUUUUCUUCCACCCGACUUGCUAGUUACAGUAAACUGGCUAAGGGCCCAGUGUUGUUGGCUGGCUUGCGAAAGGAUCGCAAGGAUACUAUGAGUGGCUCACUGCAACCUAGUAAAAUUGGAAGCCAAGCACGCAGGAGCACUACGUCUAACCUUUCCAUGACCGGAGCUAACACUUUUCGUGUUGCAUCAAUUGCUCUAUUGACUUGUGGUGUCGAUAGAAACGGUCUCAUCAGAGCACCUAAGGCCCCAAGCAAGAAUGGCCGAAAUGAAAUACAGGCUAUGAAGAACUGGGGUUGUUACCUUGACCGGCCUGAGCAAUUUAUCAUUGAUAGUGGAUGGUCCUAUCACAAGAUCACCAGCCAGUUACAAAGCUGGUUUCCUAAGGUAUUCAAUUAUCUGGAUAUCCGAGUUGAGAAGCGACCAUCAGCGCCAUCACGAUCAUCAGCACAGCCAACACAAGAAGAGAAGCCUAUUUGGCGACUCCUUAACAAGAGUGGACAGACAUUAACGGUUGUCAAUGUUGCAUUUCCGACCGGGACUGACCUAGUGAAACACAAGGGCCGAGAUAAAGCAAGUGUCAGUGAGUGUCACCUGUGGUUUGUCACAUGGAACCGGAUUCCCGACGACAUCUACGAAUCUUGGAACACUCAACCUGUCAUAGAUGGUUCAGAUUCCGAACACGAUGAUUGCAGCGAUGUGCUUUUGUCUGACAUGGACAGUCUCAAUGAUUCAUUUAUCUCCAAGUCAGACAAUGAGCUUGCAAGUUCUUUGAUGGAAGUGGAGUUGACUGAUGCUGAAGUCAAGGAUCCCAAAGGCAAAGGCAAAAUGAAGGUUGUAUUGCCAAAGAGAACUAACAGCUCUCAGCCAUUUCCGUUGACUCAACCUGCUCAAUCCAAUAGCCUCAAAACGGCGUCGUUCCAUAGCAGUCGACUCGGAGUGCAAGCUGGUACCACCAUCCGAUUCCUGAAGUCGAAGAGUGCAUUAUCGUCUGCACCUGAAUUUGUGUCAGUCAGCGAGGCGGAUGUCUUGUGGUGCAGUCGACCACACGUUGACAAUCCUUUUACACUGGAGCAUAUCAAUCCCUGGGACUCUCACUAUUCCAUGAAGCCUGCUAACCUCCAGCUCAUGUGAGGAGGGUCGGUUACCAUUUCCCACACAAUGUUUGACAAGUGACUGGGUCUAGUAUUUUUUGAUGACAGGCAUGCUAAUUUGGUACUAGUUUUUGUCAUUUCUCAUGUGUUGCAGUACAUACCACUAUCUCAUCCUCAUCCUCAUCUCAUUCCAUACUUAUACCUUGCAUCCUCGUGAUGCCUCACCUAAUGAUGUCUUGCAGGAGUCAUGUACAUGAUUUACUUCACACUCUUUGAAUGCAAACAUUGACGACU